UACCACCCAGGGCGCGCUCGGCACGCUUAAACCAAGCAAAACAUAAGACAAAGAAGGGAGUUCGGCGACCAGAUUGAAUCAACCUCUGAAGGAGGCAGGGGGGAUAGAGUAAACAGAGAGGACCAGUAUCGACUACUAUAGCAAACAGUUACAUCUGAAAUGGACCGUAAAAUUGCAGACUUCUCUGGGACGUGGAAAAUGAAGACUUCUGAAAACUUUGAAGAACUCCUGAAAGCACUGGGUGUGAACGUGUUUAUCAGGAAGAUAGCCGUGGCUGCAGCCUCCAGGCCUGCAGUAGAGAUCACCCAGCAGGGAGAGAGCCUCUCCAUCCAGACCUCCACCAGCGUACGCACCACCCAUGUCUCCUUCACCGUGGGACAGUCCUUCAAUGAGACCACAGUGGAUGGACGCCUCUGCACGAGUACCCCUCGCUGGGAGACAGAUAGCAAGAUCAGCUGUGAGCAGAUUUUGCAGAAAGGGGAGGGUCCUAAGACUGCCUGGACCCGUGAAGUGACCAAUGAUGGUGAACUGAUUUUGAUAAUGAGUGCUGGGGAUGUCGUGUGCACCAGAGUGUAUCAACGAGAAUGAAAACUUUCAAGACUGUCAAACGUUUCAUUUUGUGCCUCUUUUUUCACUUUUCUUCAUUUCUACCUGUUCUGUUUGCUUAUUUCAUCUUCCAGUCAUUCAGAUUGUGGUUAACAAGAUGUCAGUGGUGUGCUUUUUGUCAGACAGAGUUUGACUGUUGUGAAAGCCUUGUGUCAGUUUAUUUUGAUGUUGUGUCCGUUUUAUGUUCUCGUAUUAGCUUGUAAUGGUAUCGUUUUUCCUACACAACCAAAGCUGUAUUCAUUCUCAGUAUACCGCAUGAAAACUCAUCCAUAUUUUUAUUUUUUUAUUUUUUACCAAAGCAACUGUAAACCAUCCUCAAAAUGUUGUUAAAACAAUUACAAAUUGCUCAUGUAUUUCCAAAACCUGAUUUUUUUAUCAGCUUUCUGAUUCAAACCGAGACCUUGUCCAUCACCGCUGUUCUGACUUUCUCUCUCUCCAUACCACCUCCUUUCAACUUCUAUCCUCUGCCUAAGAUCUUUGUUUGCAUCCCUCAUUUAUUUUCCACCCCUCCCUGCUACUUCCAUGCCACUGGGCCUCUUUGACAAGUAGCCUAGCAGUCAAUUUUGCUGGGCGAGUAACCAAAAGGUUGCUGGUUCAAAUCCCCGAGCCAGCAAUGUGGAAAAAUCAGCCAUUCUGCCCUUGAGCAAGGCAGUUAACCCCCAAUGACAACUGCUGCCCUUCUCUCCUACACACCCUUUUCUCUAUGUGCUCUCAUCCCUUACCAUUUUGUUCAUUAAAGUUUUUAUACUCCAA